AUGCAAACCACAAAACUUACAAGUAGGUAAUUCCCUCUCUUCAACAGGCCUCUGAGCAGGCCUGGGCCUGGGACUGGUAGUCCCAGUCUUGAGGAGCUCAAGGGAUCCAUCGCCCUCGUACCCAAACUCCCACUGACUCUUCAGCCGGUUGGUACAGUAAGCGGAAACGCCUUGGGAUCGCAUUGGUGGUUACCCAUCAGCCAUGGUGCUGCUCCAGCCGGGUAA